CUUAUAUAACCUACUCGAACAUAUGCGCCAACCUCGUUAGGAACUGCUUAAAGGAACCUUACAAGACUGAUGCCCUUAGUCGUGAGAAAGUUCAUUUCUCCAUCUCCAAGUGGACGGAUGGAAAGCCUGAAAAGCCUAGGCUCAAAACACCAAACGUCUGAAAAGCUACAAAAAGACACAUGAAAAGACACCUAAAGGAAAACAUCUAGCAAGCAGAAAAUUAAAUGAACUCCUAGAAACUACCGAACAAAAGAAAGUAGAAAAGCAAACGUAUUGAACCAUGCCUCUUUUGGAAAAAAAUAUCAGCCAAACCUCUCUCCAAGAGACUGAAAGAAAUCGGAACCAAAGAAGGAGAGAGCAAAUGCUUUGACACCAGCUUUGGAGAUUAAAUGAACCUUCUCCAAAAAUCAAAGCAAAAAAGGGGGAAGAUCUUAGAGACGCUGGAACCAGGCCAACCUAUCUGCCAUCACUAUCUUCUUUACCGAUGUAGGCACACCAGUUCCCCACCUUCCGCAAAAUUGCUGUCUCCGACCUUCCAGCGCGAGAGUAUGAGCCGUUCCGUUCAUCGAUCUGGGCACAAAAAGCCUCUGAAAGCCCCUCUCAGCCGCAUAAAUAAGUGCUCUUUCACAAGCCCAUGCCUCAGCUACAAACGCAUCAGCAACAUCCUCGACCAGAUAAGUUUCUGCCCCUACGAUAUCUCCUGUAGAAUCUCUGGCUAUAACUGCAGUUAUAGCGAUUUUGACAUCUUUUUGGAAUGAUGCAUCAAAGUUUUAACUUGAUAACACCAUCAUCUGGGGGUCUUCACAGAUCCUUCUGUUAUGGAAUGGUUUUAUGAAUUUCAUAUUUUUGUUAUUUCUGUUUACUUCUGUUCUGUCUGUUACUUCUGUUCUGUUUUCAUUUUAGUUAUACGGUGCGUUUUACGUAUUAGUGAAACGAUGUGUUUAGUCUAUUGUAUCUGUUACUUGUUUUCCUUUUAUACUGGUAGUGGAAAGCCAAAAACGGUUAUGAUUUUUUGGGGAAUCAGAAUUAUCCAGAUAUUCUACUUCUUUUCUUUCUCGACUUUUUUUCCUCUCUUCUCUGUUAUUUCUUCAUUUUAGAUUCGUUCCGUGACAAAGGUAUCAGAGCUCGUUUUCGAUUCGCAUGGCUGUGGAAGGAGUGACUACAAGGAUGCAGAAGGAACUUGGAAUAAUGCAGGGUGAACUUACUCAGCUGCAGGUUGAGUUUUCUCAGUUAGAUGCACGAAUCGACGCGCGUUUGAAGGAUUUUCAAGAGGGAAUUAAAUCUGAGGUACGUUCUGAACUUCGGUCUGAACUCCAUUCGUUAUUUGAACAGUAUUUUGGACAAGGUCAGCCUGCUACGGUUACCAAUGUUACGACUGGAAAAGGGAAGGGUAUUUUGGGUUCGCCCCCUGGCUUUCCCGCAAAGGAGCAUCUCGUGGUGUCACCUAUACCAGAUCUAGAGCGUUCGAGUAUGUCCUCUCGAUGGGGCACUCUAGAACUCGGACAUAAUUCUUUUCGAAUAGAUUGUCCCCAUUUUGAUGGUGAUAAUUUUAGAGGUUGGUGGUCAAAGUUGGAACAAUACUUUGAAGCAGAAGGAAUAGGAGAACAAGCUAAAGUUCGAGUGGUUAUGUUGCAUCUGGAGGGGAAGGCGUUGGACUGGCAUCAUUUUUUUGUACAUAGACACGGGGGACUGCAUCAGUUAACUUGGGAGAUGUAUGCUAGGGGUCUUAGAGAGCGUUUUGGAGCUGAAUCCUUCCUUGAUCCCAUGACAGAGAUGGUAACGCUUAAGCAACAUGGAUCUGUUGACCAGUUCCAUGAUGGAUUCCUUAGUUUGCUGAAUCAAUUGAGCCUACCUGAACCGUAUGCUUUAAGCAUAUUCAUCAGCAAUUUGAAACCUGAAAUAGGACAAUAUCUUAGAUUGUUUAAGCCUCAAACACUGACAGAGGGUUAUAACUUGGCUCGAUAAGUGGAAAGUAUUGUGUUAGGAACGGUUAAAAGAGGAUUCAUAGCUAGUAGUGGGGGUAAUUCAUCGAAGCCUUUAUUCCCUAUUUCAAGGGUGCAACAGGGAUUGGGAACUUCAAGUUUAGUAGGGGGGUCAGGAAACAGUAACUUAGGACCACGAAUUCCAUCUAAAUCUUUGUCUCAAGCUGAAAUGGAGGAUAGGAGGAAGAAGGGUCUUUGUUUUUGGUGUGGUUUGAAGUACUCACCUGGUCACAAAUGCUCUAAAUCUCAACUGUACCAACUUGUGAUUGAGCCGAUAUGGGAACAUGGCUCUGAUAUGAAGAGUUCUACCUUUGAAGAAUUUCCAGAUUAUUCUGAGCAGUUGGAAAUAGCGGAUUAAGUUCCGGGUAGUCCGGUGUUGUCAUUACAUGCUCUUCAAGGGUUGCAGGGCCCUAACACGAUGCGAUUUACAGCUGUUGUUGGUAAUACAGAAGUGAUUAUUUUAGUGGACUCGGGUAGCACACACAAUUUCAUCUAUCUCAGAAUGGCUAAAAGGUUGAACUUGGUAGUUGAAGCCGGAAGUGCUUUGAGGGUGAUGGUAGCUAACGGGGUUCGAUUGUCAACUUAGGGAUUGUGCAGGGCAGUCUCUUGGGAAGCACAAUGGUACAAAUUCAGCGCUGAUUUUUUGAUUCUAGCAGUGAAGGGAUUCGACUUGGUGCUUGGAAUUCAUUGGUUAUUAUCCCUUGGUCCGAUCAUAUGGAAUUUUUCCAAUUUGACCAUGCAGUUCACUCAUAUGGAGCAGACUUGUACGCUACAGGGAAUCGUACCAGGUUCAUUACAAAUUGUUUCUAGUAAUCAAAUUUCCAAAUGUUUUGAGUUUAGUAGAUACUGGACCAUGUCCUAUGCUUUUGGCUCCUUGUGAUCAGACCACUCUUACUAUGCGACCAACUCAAGUGCCAACUGAUUUGCAAGGUCUCCUUGAUGAAUUUGCGGAUAUUUUUCAAACUCCUACGAGUCUACCGCCUCCGAGGCUCCACGACCACCGGAUUCCUUUGGUGGAUGAGUCUAAAAUAGUUAAGGUGCGACCUUAUUGAUAUCCGGCAGUCCAGAAAACUGAAAUAGAGAAGUUGAUCCAAGAAAUGUUGCAUGCUGGAAUCAUUCGAGACAGCAACAGUCCGUUUGCAUCUCCUGUAGUGAUGGUCAAGAAAAAAUAUAGCAGUUGGCGGUUGUGUAUCGAUUAUAGGCAACUUAAUCAACUGACUAUCAAAGAUCGAUUCCCAAUUCCGAUUAUUGAAGAGCUUUUGGAUGAGUUGGGACAAGCAAAUUUCUUUUCCAAAUUGGAUUUGCGUUCGGGCUACCAUCAGAUUCGAAUGUGGGAACCGGAUGUGUAUAAAACAGCUUUCAAAACACAUGCUGGUCAUUAUAAAUUCUUGGUCAUGCCAUUCGGCCUGACCAAUGCUCCUUCCAGCUUUCAAUCUUUAAUGAAUUUCGUGUUUCGAACUUUCUUGCGACGGUCGGUACUUGUCUUCUUUGACGAUAUUCUUGUGUAUUCACAAGAGUGGGCUGAUCAUUUGAUUCAUUUACAUGAAGUACUUCAAGUAUUGCGUUCUCAUCAACUUUAUGCCAAGAAAUCCAAAUGCAUUUUUGGAGCUAUUCAAGUGGAAUACCUUGGCCAUAUUAUAUCGCAAGGGGUUGUUAGUAUGGACCGCACCAAGGUGGCUGGUGUUUUGGAUUGGCCUUCUCCAAAGUCUGUCAAGGAGUUGCGUGGUUUUCUUGGCCUGUCCGGGUAUUACAGGCGUUUUAUUAAAGGAUAUGGCUUAUUAGCCAAGCCUCUUACUGCUUUAUUAAAGAAAGACGUUUCUUGGCAGUGGACCAACUUCGAGUAGACAGCUUUUGACCAACUCAAAGUCGCUGUUUGUCAAGCACCAGUUCUUGCUUUACCAAACUUCCAGGAGCCUUUUUGUGUUGAGACGGAUGCUAGUGGCCACGGGGUGGGGGCGGUUUUACAACAACAUGGCAGACCAGUGGCUUAUUUUAGCAAGGCUUUGGGAGUCAAAUAUCAGGCCUUAUCUAUCUAUGAUAAGGAGAUGCUUGCUGUGUUGUUAGCAGUUAAGAAAUGGCAUCCUUACUUGAUUGGUAGGCAUUUCUUCAUAAGGACCGACCAUCAAAGUCUGAAGUUCCUCUCUGAACAGCAAGCGAUCACACCAUAUCAGCAAAAAUGGGUUGCGAAGAUGCUCGGGUACGAUUAUUCUAUCUCUUAUCGCAAAGGCGCUCAGAAUACAGUAGCUGACGCUUUGUCUAGACAACCUCAUGAUCUUACUCAUCAACUGUUCCAAUGUGAAGGUCGUAUGGACUCGUAUUGGUCUGAGCUAUGGACCCGUAUUGCUGCUUCUUAUGCACUGGACCAGAAACUUUUUCAGUUAUGUCAAAAUGUUCGAACACACCCUCAGUUGCAUCCUAAAUAUUCUUGGGACGGCACUUUCCUUCGCAGAAUGGGCAAGGUUGUAGUCGGUAAUGAUUUCCAGCUUCGUAAAGACAUCUUUGGUCUUUUUCAUGAUAGUGCUUUGGGUGGUCAUUCGGGCAUUCAUGCGACUCGUCAUCGAAUUUCAGCGUUGCUUUAUUGGAAGGGACUUUCCAAAGAUGUUAAACAUUGGGUUCGCGAGUGUGUUGUUUGCCAGCAUUGCAAAGCUGAUAACUCCGCUUCCCCUGGCCUUUUGCAACCUUUACCAAUUCUUGAUCGUGCUUGGUCGGUCAGUAGUCUCGAUUUCAUUGAGGGGCUGCCUUUGUCCCAGGGUAAGUCUGCCAUCUUGGUAGUGGUUGACCGUUUAACCAAAUAUGGUCACUUUGUUGCUCUAGCCCAUCCCUUUACUGCUCUUACGGUGGCUCAUGAGUAUCUUCAACACAUCUACAAGUUGCAUGGCGUCCCUGAAUCGAUCGUGUCUGAUAGAGAUCGUAUCUUUUUGAGCAACUUCUGGCAGGAACUGUUUCGCCAUUUAGGUGCCAAACUCAAGUUGUUCACUGCCUACCAUCCUCAAACUGAUGGCCAGACAGAAAUCCUCAACAAAUGUUUAGAGAGUUAUUUGCGGUGUAUGACGGGUGAAAAACCUACGGCGUGGGCGUCUUGGCUCUCCUUGGCUGAAUGGUGGUAUAAUACUACCUACCAUUCCGCUAUUCAGACCACUCCCUAUGAAGCUCUUUAUGGACAAGAUCCCCCUCUUCAUUUACCGUACUUGGCAGGUGCUUCCCCUGUUGCUUCUGUCGAUCGAACCUUGCAGCAUAGGGAAGUUCUUCGUCAGGUUUUGAAGUUUCAUCUUACUCGAGCUCAAGACCGCAUGAAACAAAUGGCCGACAAACAUCGUUCAGAGCGCGAGUUUCAGGUGGGUGAUUUGGUGUAUUUGAAGUUGCAACCUUACCGCCAACAUUCUCUUCGCAAGUUCAAAAACCAGAAGUUGUCUCCUCGAUAUUUUGGCCCUUUCCCUGUGGAAGCUCGUGUUGGUCCAGUUGCCUACAAACUCUCGUUACCACCUACUGCUCGUAUACAUUCCACUUUUCAUGUUUCUCAAUUGAAGAAACCUGUAGGGUCUGAUGGAGCUCUUCUUAAGACACCAAUUCGCAUUCUGGAUCGUCGCAUGGUUAAACAGGGUAACCAUGCUGCUGUGGAAGUUCUUGUUGAAUGGGGGGACACUUUUCUCGAGGAUGCUACUUGGGAGAAUUUGCACGAUCUUCAACAACGUUUUCCAGCAUUUGAUCCUUGAGGACAAGGAUCUUCUUUCAGGGGCGGGGUAGUUGUUAUGGAAUGGUUUUAUGAAUUUCAUAUUUUUGUUAUUUCUGUUUACUUCUGUUCUGUUUUCAUUUUAGUUAUACGGUGCGUUUUACGUAUUAGUGAAACGAUGUGUUUAGUCUAUUGUAUCUGUUACUUGUUUUCCUUUUAUACUGGUAGUGGAAAGCCAAAAACGGUGAUGAUUUUUUGGGGAAUCAGAAUUAUCCAGAUAUUUUACUUCUUUUCUUUCUCGACUUCUUUUCCUCUCUUCUCUGUUAUUUCUUCAUUUUAGAUUCGUUCCGUGACACCUUCACCAUAAUUUUAAUGGGAGGACGGAGAUUCUCUUGGUUUAGGCAGAUCUCUAGUUCAUACCCUCGAAUAAACCCUAAAAAUUCUUGCAUAAAAAAUUUGACCCCUUUGUGGAUUAGCUUAUUUUUGCGAUGCCAAAGUCCCCAAACUGACAAAGUAAUGAUUCAUCUCUGUUUGCUCAUCUGUUGCAGAAAACAUUCUAACAAAACGCCUCUUACAGCACAACGAAGCUUCUAGUGGAGGAACCUUUACUUGUAAUGAAGCCCAAACACGCUAUUGAGUAUCACAAGACCAUACCAAAUGAGCUGUAUCCUCCAGAUCUGUCUUACACAGAGGGCAAGCAACAUCCACACUCAACUUCCGUCGUGCCAGAUUACCAAAAUGGGGCAGCAGAUCGUUAAUCAGUCUCCAGCAAUGGAUUUUUAUUUUUUUUUGGAAUGUUUAGUGCCCAUAAGGCUUUAUAGAAAUCUUUGUAAUCAUUAUUCAUAGAGGAAAUAUAUGUAUGGUCUUGUAAAUGAGCUGUAGAUAGGAUUCUGUACCCACUCUUAACUGUAUACUCCCCUGAUCUUUCGUAUUUUCAAACCAUCAUAUCCUCCGAGCAACUCUCAGAAAUCAAAAUAGAGAAGAUUCUAUAUGCUGUUUCAUAAUUAACUAAA